GGCCAUAUGCGGGAUUUAUAUGCUCAUGUCCAUUACCUGGUUUUGGAAAGCAAAAUUAUAUUUCACCUACUCAAAUCUACAAGCUACUCAAAUCAGAUAUCGAACAGCCACAACCUGAAUAUUCUGAUCAUACCAUAUCUCAAAAAACCUGGACAAUGCCUGUAUGCCGUUUGUCUGAAACUUUAGAUAAUUUAAGAAAUGAUAAUAUUAGAAAUGUAGAAAAUGUAAUAACUAAAAGUACCGAUUUGAUGGAUAUUGAUAAAUCACCAGAUAUUACCUUAUUUUUGUUACCUCUUGGCUGGGCAUUAAAGUAUAACCAAAAAUAUGGAAAAAAAGGAGGCAAAAGAUUAUCAAAAGAUGUAGUAGAAGCUUUAAAAAGGUUUUUUAUAUUAGGCCAAGCAAACUCAAGUGAUCGUUAUACCGCUAGUGAUAUGCAUAAUAGCUUAUUAGAACUUGUUGAAAGUGGAGUGAUUAAUGAAGAGGAUGUUCCUACACAAAAUACUAUAGAGAAUUGGAUUAAUCGUUAUUCAUAG